UACUCGACUGUGUUACCGACGGCAGGUGGUCACCGCGCGUCCAGCACUCACCGCAGCUUGUGAAUGGGAUUAUAACAUGUUUUAAGUUCAGAGCCCACACAACUACCGGGUUUAAAUGGACGGAGUAAAAUAACGUCUUUGAACCAGCUGAGUUCUCUUUUUGUUUUUCUUUUCUCAAGGACGCGGAAAGUGAAGAUUGUAAAUUGGUAGAUAGGUGUUUUUUUGUCGGACUGCGCGCCUCUGCGUGCGUAGUGCUCUUUGUGUAGAGAUCCGAGCCUUUUGUUAGUUUUUAUUUUAUUUUAUUUUAUUUUUUAAAGCUUAAUUUUGUUGCAUCGCAAAUAAUGGCACUCGCUAGAUUCAGCAGAAUCCUUCGUCUCUCCAAUCUUGAAAUUAAAAAGAAAGUCAAGCAGUACGAACACGUUCACCGGGACAUCAACCCCAACGACUUAUGGGAGAUUGUUGGGGAACUGGGCGACGGCGCCUUUGGAAAGGUCUACAAGGCCAGGAACAAAGAGACGGGAGUUCUGGCCGCAGCCAAAGUGAUAGAGACAAAGUCUGAGGAGGAGUUGGAGGACUACAUGGUUGAGAUCGACAUCCUGGCUAAAUGUGACCACCGCUACAUUGUCAAGCUGCUCGAUGCAUUUUACCAUGACAACAAAUUGUGGAUCAUGAUCGAGUUCUGCCCUGGAGGUGCUGUGGAUGCAACAAUGCUAGAGCUGGAUCGUGGACUGACAGAGCCACAGAUUAAGGUGGUUUGUCGCCAGAUGUUGGAGGCUCUGGACUACCUCCACAGCAUGAAGAUCAUCCACAGAGACCUGAAGGCCGGUAACAUCCUCCUCAUGCUGGAUGGGGACAUCAAGCUUGCUGAUUUUGGCGUGUCUGCAAAGAACAGCAAAACUCUACAAAGAAGAGAUUCUUUCAUUGGAACGCCAUACUGGAUGGCCCCAGAGGUGGUAAUGUGUGAGACAAUGAAGGAUGCUCCCUAUGACUACAAGGCUGAUAUCUGGUCUCUGGGGAUCACUCUGAUCGAGCUCGCCCAGAUCGAACCCCCACACCAUGAGCUCAACCCCAUGAGGGUGCUGUUGAAGAUUGCCAAGUCGGAGCCUCCCACCCUGGAGCAGCCACACAAAUGGUCGCGGGAGUUUAAGGAUUUCCUGAAAAAAGCUUUGGAUAAAAACCCAGAGACUCGUCCAACUGCAGCACAACUCAUGGAGCACCCUUUUGUGAGAUCGGUGACGUCUAACCGUCCACUGCUGGAGCUGGUGGCCGAGGCCAAAGCUGAGGUCAUGGAGGAAAUAGAGGACAAUAGAGAGGAAGGAGAGGAGGACGACGCAAUGGAGCUCACUGUGUCUCCAGGCAAGGAGCCAUGCCAGACCAGUCAGGCCAGUUUCGAAGGGGACCAGUCUCUGGACAACCCCAGCCCCACCACGCCCUCCCCAACCACACCAAUACCUUUACCCAGGAAGGUGGACGAGCCAGAGACUCCAACAGAAGAGCAGCCAGGCCCUGUCAUGGUUGUCCCUGUUCCCCUGCCGCGGCAUAAUCUCCCACCAAAACAACCAGAGGAGUUGGGUGACAAACUGGCUGAAGAAGUCACUCUGGAGUCAGAAAAAUCAGAGAGCGAGGCCUCAACCAAGACUUCCAGCUCAGACUCAGGCAUUGAGGAUGGAAAGAGUACUCCCACAUCAGAGGAGGAAAAGGUUUCUGUGGAGACCCCAGAGACGGAGCAGCCGCCAUCUCUCCCCCAAGCCGAGGCCUCUGAGGAGCAUGUGGACAUCAUCAUAGACUCCACAGACCCAGAGAUGCCCAAGGUCCAGAUGACCGAGGAGCAGAGCAGCGUUGUGUCUGAGAGAGGCUUACCAACUCCAAGCCCAAGUCCCACUAUCACUCCUACACCGACUCCCACACCCUCCUCUGCCCCUACACCAGUCCCUAUACUCCGAUCUGGGCCAAAUGGCAGCCUAACCAAGGAUACCCCAGAACGGAUAUCGAUAGGAGGAAAUGCUGAGACUGUCACACCUUUUCUCAAUGGAGGGCCUAUCAACACACGGUACUCUUUGUCAGGCAGCAUGGCAUCUGAGAGCAUGGACAUGUCAAUCCACAAGGAGAGCAUCUCAAUGUCUGCAAGGGACUUUUCAAGUAAGACUCUGAAGCGAACCAGGAAGUUUGUCAUUGAUGGUGUGGAGGUGAGUGUGACAACCUCGAAGAUCAUCAGAGAUGAUGAGAAGAAAGAUGAGGAGAUGAGAUUCUUGAGACGUCAGGAGCUGCGGGACCUCCGUUUACUGCAGAAGGAAGAGCAUCGUGCCCAGGCUGUUCUAAACGCUAAACUGGAAACACAGAGAGAUCAGAUGCAGAAGCGUUUUGACCAGGACAUGAAUGCCAAGAAGAAGCACUACGAUGUGGAGCUCGAGAACCUGGAGAAGCAUCAGAAGCAGACUAUUGAGAAGAUGGAGACAGACCACAAUGUUAAACUCAAAGAAGAGACCAAACGCAUCAAAGCAGAGCAGGAACGAGACUGGCACAAGUUUCAGGAUCAGAUAAAACACAAGAAAAAGGAGGUAAAACAAUCUGUCGAUAAGCUGCCCAGAAAUCAACGUAAAGACACCUUGAAGCAGAAGAUGAGUUCCUUCCAAGAAAUGAAGAUUAAGGGGGAGGAAAAAUUCAUUGCGGAUCAGAAGAACUACCUGGACACCACGCUACAGCAAAUUAUCUCCAACAAUAAGAGAGAGAUUGCAGAAAUGGAGAGGGAAUGCCUUAACAAGAAGCAAAACCUAAUAAGAGAACGUGAAUCUACAAUAUGGGAGAUGGAGGAGAAAAAUCUUUAUGAGAAACACCAGCUUUUCAAGCAGCAGCUGAAAGAUCAGUACUUCCUCCAGAGGCAUCAGCUUCUCAAAAAGCACGAAAAGGAGCAGCAGCAGAUGCAGUGCUACAAUCAGCGAAUGAUUGAGAUUCUGAAAGCUCGGCAGCAACAGGAAAAGAACAGGCUUCCUAAGAUCCAGCGUAGCGAAGCGAAGACCCGCAUGGCCAUGUUCAAGAAGAGUCUGCGCAUCAACUCAAUGGGUAGCGCCUCAGAGGACAGAGAGAAGAUCAAACAGUUUUCUCAGCAGGAGGAGAAGCGACAGAAGGCAGAGAGGCUGCAUCAGCAGCAGAAACACGAGAACCAGAUGAGAGAGAUGAUUGGUCAGUGUGAAAGCAAUAUCAGAGAGCUGCAACAGCUACAGAAUGAAAAAUGUCACCUGUUGAUUGAGAAUGAGACCCAGAGGCUCAAGCAUUUGGAUGAGCAACACAACCAGCUGAUGAAGGACUGGAGGGAUCAGUUGAAACCCAGAAAGAUGGCUCUUGAAGAGGACCUAAACAUGAAGAAAAGGGAGCAGGAGGCUUUCUUCAAGAUGAGUGAGAUUACUGAUUGCCCAAACCCCAGUUCUCCCCAUAAACUCUCCAAGUUUGUGCCUUACCAAGACUCUUCUACCACAUAAAAACAGCUGAUGUGAUAUCACACAACAUCUCCUGGCCAUUGUUAGCACCUAAGCAUAACCGUUCACACUCUCACCCACAGGUGUUACAAUUCUCUGCUGCCUCAGUUUUAAUUUGCUUUGCCAGUAAUGGCAGCAUACCUAUCCCUCCAAUAGGUUCCUUUAUUGUUUUAGUGAAUAUUUAUGUUUUAACUAAUUUUCCUUUGACAGUGUUGUAGAAUCAGAUUGACUAAAAAUUCAUUACGUGCUUCCUCAGUACCUAGUAUCUGCUUCCAUACAGUGUUUUGAUUUCCUGUGUUUUGGGGGUUUUUUUUGUCCACUUAUUUUAGCUCACCAGUGAAACUUGAGGUUAAUAUGAUACAGUGACUGUUAGUUUGGGUGAGCUGGAGUUACCAAACUAGUUAUGAGUCUUAAUAAGUAAAAACUGAGGAAAAAACGUUUUGGUUGGGUAAUAGUAGUUGUCCUAAGCACCCAGCCUGUAUUUCUUUUUGCAUGAUGAGGACGAAUGUUUGUUUCUGUGAAAGCUGGUGAGCCAGAAAACUAAGCACUUUUUGUUUACCCCAAAUCAUCAGUGCCGUCUUCCAAAUAUGACCAAAAAGACACCCAAAUAUAAAUGAUUUACUAUUUUUUCCAUUUUUCUAUGUCUUGGCUUAUUCGCCUCUUUGUCCCUAAGUCAGAUGCAUGUUAUAUAUCUGCCAAAGUCUGCCUGUAUUUAUUUUUACUGAUAAAGAAAAACCUUAACCAGAUUUAUCACUGUAAGUGCUAAUUUAAAUAUAUUUUUUUUAACCAACACCCAUGGUAUGAAGGAUGUGCUCAUUAUUUUGUAUCUUGUUUAAAAUGGGGGAUAAGGCUAAAUCCAAAGUUAUCAGAAUUUAUAAUUUCUUUUAAAUGAUUAUUUAGGAAUGAGAUUUUAACAGAUAAGGGAAGACUAAUAGUUAUUCAGAUUGUGUUGUGUAAGGACAUUUGUUAUUUUUCUGUUUUUACUGUAAAAUCAGUCACACUGGAUGGGAACUGACAAAAGCCAAAGCAAAUUACUGUUAUGUUCUUUGAAGGAUGUUAAACAGGGGGAUUUGAAUCUAAAUUUAAAAAAAAGGUAUUAAGUGUAUAGUUGUUAUAUAAUGUGCAGUAGAUGCACUGCCUGCUAACCAAAGUGCAAUAUUACAUGUAUGUCUUUGCUAACCUUAAAGAGGUUUUUUUCUUCUUCUUCUUAAAUUGCCUUCCUUUGCACUGAGAGGGGGAAUAAUAUGAAGAGUUUCACCAAAAACAGAUGUGGAAAGAAAGAACUUUGCUUAAAAUGAUUUCAUCUUCAUAAUUUUUAGUACUUUUCAAGCAGAAAUCUUGGGGUAUCAUUUUUCAAAUACUGAUCUGAUUUUGGAACAUAACUCUUCAUAUUGUUUUUUUAAGGGAGUGCAACAAUUCAGCCUGCUCUAAGAUUCUUCUAGAUGUUUAAUCUUCAACUGAAACCUAAUGUUUGCAGCUGAGGAAAUUGUUGCCUUGUUAAGUGAGAGAAAGAGCAGUUUGGCCUGCAGAUGUAUGUUGAUCAGGUCAGUAAUCAGGUACAGCUUAAUCUCCCUCCCUCUCACACACACACUGUCUCAGAGGUUUAAAAUUGUAAAAAAAAUUAUUUUCUGUCACAUUUAAUGGCUUCAUCUAAGUCUUCCUCUCUGCCUCAGUUUACAUUGUUUGUAUGGAGGGGUUGUGAGUGUGAAUGAAACUGUAUCAGAAGGAACCACUGUUGUAAAUAACUCUUAAUAAAUGCAGAUUUUCUAAUUA